AUGGUGACGGUAUUCCAUUAUGCUACCGAAUUGUUCGAAGGAUUGAAAGCAUAUCGCGGUGACGACGGCCGUAUACGACUCUUUCGCCCACAUCUCAACAUGGAGCGCAUGCGACAAUCUGCCAGGCGAGCCGCUCUGCCAGACUUCGACGGCGAGCAACUUCUAGAAUGUAUCAAAGACUUGGUUCGUGUUGAUCAGGCCUGGGUGCCAGAAGAGAAGGGAGCUGCGCUUUAUAUACGCCCAACUUUGAUUGGCACUGAACCAUCGUUGGGUGUCUCUAACUCGAAUAGCGCCAAAUUGUUUGUAAUCACGAGUCCAGUUGGGGCCUACUUCACUAACGGCUUCGCACCGAUCAAGCUACUUGCCGAUGCAAAAUUUGCUCGAGCAGCCAGAGGUGGCGUCGGUGCAUUCAAGAUGGGCUCUAACUACGGCCCUACAAUGAGCGUGGCAGCAGAAUCUGUAUCAGAAGGUUGUCAUCAAGUGCUAUGGCUCUCCGGGAAAGAACACUAUGAUCGAGCUUAUCGGAUUCGUAUACCUCUAACAACUUUGAUGUUGCCUGAGGCGGUCGAUGGAUUAUGUGGUUUUCAUUUCCUCCCGAUUGCUUAUCAAUCCACAUAG